GAGAGCCGGAUCAAGACACCGCACGGCAAUGCUGUGAGUUCAAAUCCAAUUUCCUGACCACCAAGAGUGCAUGCAGUUUUUUGUGCGUGGCACGCAUAUCCUUCAGCAUGCCAAAGCUUGUGGUCGUGCCCCUCAACCAAUCACAGAUGGCUUGACAGCAGCGUGGCAUGAGCCAUGUCAUGCUGCCUGCUGGCUUAGCUCAACUUCUCGCAAUAUAUCAACCAAGCGCUACACCGCACAUGAUGACUUUGCACAGCCAAAGCAGAUUCCUACGCAUGUCCUACGUCGGACAGAGGGCUGGGGUGCUCAUAGCCGUGCUGGUGAAAAAUUCAAUAUGAUAGUGAACACAACAGAGCACUUAGUGCUUGAACCAACAGAAGAGGAGAAGUGGCUUGCUUCCCAGCUCAAAGUAGCAGGCAACAAAAAGAAUGGACAGUGGCAAAAAGUGGUUGCUACAUAUUCUGGGUUUAGUCCAUUGGUGCUGACUGCUGCAAUGCAGGCAGCUUUGAAACAGGGGAACUACGAGGAAGGCUACGAGAUUUAUAGAAGGGUCAGACACAUGACACUACCUACUUAUACGAUCUCAAUGAAGCUCCUUGGGAAGCUGGGGCAACAUGAUGAAAUCGAACGGCUGUGGGGACAGCUGAUGAAGAUGGACAUUGUCGGUCAACCUGAAGCUUCAGGGCGCAUUGAUGCAGCGGCAGACAAUGGAGACAUUCAAGCAGCGGUACGCGUUCUGCACUACCUCCAAGAAAAACGUCUUGAGGCUGACAAGCUUCAUUUCUCGUCAGCCAUCAAUGCUUGUGCAAACGCCAAAGAUGCAGAUCGUGCACAAUCAGCUCAACGCUUGUUUGAUGAGAUGUUAGCUGUCGGUUUGAAGCCAGACAUUGCAACGUACACCAACUUGCUUCGAGCCUUGGCAAAUGAACCAAGGCAACGUUUGUUGAACCUGCUGACGGAUGUGAAGAACCAGAAUCUAACAUGGAAUGGAGUGUUUGCAGAGACCUUUCUCUUCAUCUUCCUGCAGUCACCCCAAAAAGGGGUCUGGACCAAAGUGGAUGUCAUUGCUUCACAUCUGCGGAAACUGUCCCUAGCCGACGUGCAGACUGCGAAGGAGUUUGUUGAUGAGCUCAAGCGUUCAAAUGUCAAAUUGAACAAGUCCUGCAGGCUGAUCGACGAGGCCAUUCAGUCUGUCCUGCAAGAAGCCCGCAAAGUGAUGGGUCAGAGUCCUUAGACGAUGAUUCGCUCCGGCUUUGAGACGAUGAGGAGCGAUUGCCUCCAACGAAAAAGGCGGGGUGAGCAGGUUGAGGCUGUGUAAUUAGGGCUGAUUUACAUAUGUUUACAUAAUGGUGUUGAUAUGUAUUUCUCAAGUGAGCACGAGCCUAAUUACAACAGAGUAUCGUCAAGAGCCCACAGGUCUCAGGUCCCAAAGCCUGAUAGCUUUAACUCGGUUAUUUCCAAG